CGGCGGGCGGCCUGACCCGGGAUCCGGGGCGCGGGGCCCACGCGGGCACCCGGCAGUCGGGCCCGCGGAGCAACCGGCCGCGACGCUCAGAGUGCCGGGACCCAGCGGCGGCGAGGGCUGCGGGGCAGCCGCGGGGCCGGCACUUGCGGCAGGCUGAGGGGGACUGACCGGAGCACCGGCGCUCGCGCGGCUUCUCGGGGGCCGAGUCCCUUCAGCGCAGAGGCCCGCGCCUCGGCAGCCCGUGGCCUGGCGCGGCCUGCGUCCGCUCGGCUCGUCCCGCAGAGUGCGUGGAGACCCGGGGGUCGGGCCUGACAGCCCGGCCGCCGGCACUUUGACCCGGAGUCAAGCAGCACCCCCCCCACCCCCCGCGUGGGACGAAAGCGAGAUUGGUGCUUGGGGGGGCACCGGCAGAGGGAAUUGGGGAUUGCCGGUGCUGGGAAGAGAGGACAAUCCCCUAAAGGAAAGCCAGGCCCCAAGAUUUGCCAGGUUUGAGAAGGAGGGAUGCCCAGGAAAGGCACUGGCCCCUUGUUUUCUGUGCUGGGUGAUGACCUGACACUCAUGGGCAAAGGUCACUGCCGGACACCUGGAUCGGGUCUGUCAUGUCCAGAGGAAGCGGCUGUUUUGCGUUCCUCAAGAGCCUUCUGGAAAAGCUACCCUUUAAAAAAGAGACAAAGAUUAUACAGCACACGCCUGCCCUUCUGCCAUCGGAGCGCCCUGACUGUGCCAUACCGCGCAGGCCAUGGAGAACGAGCUGCCAGUCCCCCAGACGUCCAGCAGCGCCGGCAGUGCCUGCUACGGCAGCAGCAGCGGUGGGAGUGGCCGGCCCUCGGGGCCCCAGAUCUCCGUGUACAGCGGCAUCCCUGACCGGCAGACCGUGCAGGUGAUUCAGCAGGCGCUGCACAGGCCGCCCAGCACAGCGGCCCAGUACCUGCAGCAGAUGUAUGCAGCCCAGCAGCAGCACCUCAUGCUACAGACGGCCGCGCUCCAGCAGCAGCACCUCAGCAGCGCCCAGCUCCAGAGCCUGGCGGCCGUGCAGCAGGCAAGCCUGGUGGCCAACAGACAAGGGAGCACAUCAGGCAGCAGUGUGUCUGCGCAGGCCCCAGCCCAGUCAUCCUCGAUCAAUCUGGCAGCCUCCCCAGCAGCAGCCCAGCUCAUCAACCGGGCGCAGAGCGUCAACUCGGCGACAGCCUCAGGCAUCGCCCAGCAGGCUGUGCUCUUGGGCAACACGUCUUCUCCGGCCCUGACUGCAAGCCAAGCACAGAUGUACCUAAGGGCACAGAUGCUCAUCUUCACGCCCACGGCCACCGUCGCUACUGUGCAGCCUGAGCUCGGCACUGGCUCCCCCGCCCGGCCCCCCACCCCCGCCCAGGUACAGAACUUGACCCUCCGAACACAGCAACAACCAACUGCAGCAGCCUCGGGCCCUACCCCCACGCAGCCUGUCCUGCCCAGCUUGGCCCUGAAACCCACGCCGGGUGGUAGCCAGCCUCUGCCUACCCCAUCACAGGGCAGAAACACCGCUCAGGGUUCCCCCGCAGGUGCCAAGCCUGGCAUAACUGACAGCGUGAUGGAGCCGCUCAGGAAAGGAGAUGCUAACAGCAGCGUACCGGGGAGCAUGGAGGGCCGGGCUGGGCUCAGCCGGAUGGCGCCCGCUGUGGCCACCCAUCCCCUCGUCGCACCAGCCUAUGCUCAGCUGCAACCGCACCAGCUCCUCUCGCAGCCGCCCUCAAAGCACCUGCAGCCCCAGUUUGUGCUCCAGCAGCAGCCCCAGCCGCCAGCACCGCCGCCACUGCCGCAGGCCCGGCCAGCGCUCCAAGCCCAGCCCCACCCCCAGCCUGCCUCGGUCCCUCCCAGCCUGACCCUGCAGCCCAGCCCCGAAGCCCACGCCAUGCCCCUAGGCCCAGUUACACCCGCCCUGCCUCUCCAGUGCCCCACGACCAGUCUGCACAAGGCUGGCGGCACCCAGCAGUGUCACCCUCCCACGCCAGACGCUGGGCCUCAUAAUGGAUACCCUGAGGGCCUGGCCCACACCCCUCAGCGCAGGUUCCAGCACGCUUCAGCUGUCAUCCUACAACUGCAGCCCGCCUCACCAGUGCCCCAGCAGUGUGCCGAGGAUGACUGGAAGGAAGCAGUACCUGGGGAGAAGAGUGUGCCCGAGACUCGGUCUGGCCCAUCACCCCACCAACAGGCCAUCAUCACUGCCAUGCCUGGAGGCCUGCCCGUCCCCAAGAGCCCUAACGUCCAGCAGCCCCCAGCUCACGAAAUGUUGAAUAGGACCCGACUGAGGACACAUGCUCUGUCUGCAGAGACAGGGCAGGGCAUUGUUCAUGCACUGACCGACCUCAGCAGCCCCGGCAUGACCUCAGGGAACGGAAAUUCUGCCUCCAGCAUCACCGGCACUGCCCCCCAGAAUGGUGAGAAUAAACCACCACAGGCCAUUGUGAAACCCCAAAUCCUGACGCAUGUUAUCGAAGGGUUUGUGAUCCAGGAGGGGGCGGAGCCUUUCCCGGUGGGACGCUCGUCCCUGCUGGUGGGGAAUCUCAAGAAGAAGUAUGCACAGGGGUUCUUGCCUGAGAAACUUCCACAGCAGGAUCAUACCACCACCACUGACUCUGAGAUGGAGGAGCCCUAUCUGCAAGAAUCCAAAGAGGAGGGUACUCCCCUCAAGCUCAAGUGUGAGCUCUGUGGCCGGGUGGACUUUGCCUACAAGUUCAAGCGUUCCAAGCGCUUCUGUUCCAUGGCGUGUGCAAAGAGGCUGCCAGGAAAUAGCAGAGGAGUUCCGUGCCCAGGAGAUCGAUGGGCAAGCCCUGCUGCUGCUCAAGGAGGACCACCUGAUGAGUGCUAUGAACAUCAAGCUGGGGCCUGCCCUGAAGAUCUAUGCUCGCAUCAGCAUGCUCAAGGACUCCUAGGGCUGGCGGGCGCAGCCAGGGUUCUGGCCCGGGGCUCCUCCUCCCGACUGAGCAGAGCCAGACAGACAUUCCUGAGGGGCCCAGAAAUGGGGCCAGUUGGAGGGAAGGGCUCUCCCUAUGGGGCGUGGCUGGUGAGGAGGUCUUGGCACCCCCUCAAUGGCUCUCAGGGGCCUUUCUCUCUGUGGGAGGGGCAGAGAGGUAGGUGGCGCAGAAGAUGGGGCUUUAUGCUUGUAAAUAUUGAUAGCACUGGCUUCCUCCAAAGUCCCAAUACUCUAGCCCCGCUCUCUUCCCCUCUCUCUGUCCCCCAUUUUCCAGGGGGUAUACGGUCAGGGCUCCCCAACCUGAGUUGGGUUACUUUCAAGGGCAGCUGUCAGGUCUGGAUAGAGGCCUUGCAAGCCCUUGCCUGCCUUUCUCCCACUUCUUUUUCUGGGCCUGGCUAACUCUUCCGUUGCCGGCUUCUCCCCCCUUCAGCCCAUUUCUGAAGCAGCCAGGGGUUCUCCCCCUUCACCCUCUGCAGGUGGAGAGAGAGAAGCUGGGCCCGGUUUGGCCACGCCUGCUGGCACAGACGCCUUAACGCUGUGUGUGUGACUGGAUGACUGUGUAGGAGCCUGGACUGGCAGGUGGGCCCAGAGCCACCCUCUGGCAUCUCCAGGUGUUCUGUAGCAAACAGCCACUUAGUGCUUUGUCCUGGACUCCACUCAGCCUCAGGAUGGGGAGUAGAACAGAAGGGCAGCCUCCGUGCAGAGAGGCGAGAUCAGAAAGCAGCGAAGAUCAGGAGUGGGCACGCUGUCUCCGAAGUCCUUCCCACACUGUGAAGUCCCCCACCCCCCGCCCAACUGCCCUGCUGUGCCACACACAGCAUUAAGGGAGCUGCUGUGGGCCGGGCCGGGCCUCCUGGCCUGCCCACCUGCCCACCCGCCCUGGGAGCCCCAGAGUGGGGGCCCAGAAAACGUCUUGAGGGCAGAGAAGAGCCGGGGUGACGUUGUCGUGAAGAAGGCAGCCUUGGGCCUCCCGCUUCCACACUUCUUUGCCUCUCGAACUUGCUAGCAGUUUGAGCUACCUGCGGAGGAGGCAGGGCAGGAAGGGCGAGGGCCUGCCUCUGACUUGCCCUGUCCUUGGAGGCUCCUGGGGGAAGAGCGGGGCUCUCCCCGGGAAGAAGGGGGGCACCUUUCUCAGCUUGUUCUAUUCCCCACUCACACCCCCAGGCAGGGUUGGAAAUGAAGGACUUUUUUAACCUUUUGUUUUUGUUUUUUUAAAAAUAAAUCUGUAAAAUCUG